GUGCACAUGACCUUCACCCUGGUUUUCGGUAAUUCCACCGACCCACUGAAGCUGAAUUAAAGGUGACUGUUCGACUGUUUGACAGAGCAUGAUGUUCAUGUGUAGACAUUAUCAGAACUUAACUAACAAGUUUUGUAAUGGCUCAAAUAUCUUCAGCAGCUCACAAGUCCAAUCAGCUGUAGCAACAUUUCUACGAAAUCGUUUCAGACCUUUGACUUUAUGUAGAUCAUUGUUUUGUAUUCAACAUGAACAUUUGACUUUUCAAAGACAGCAAUAUGUGCAUCAACAGUGUAAAUUUAAACAUGUUCUUCAAAGUGACAUAAAGAAUUUUAAACCUAUAUGCAUUUCAUCAGCAAGCUACAACACACUUUCGGCAGCUUUCAAUCAACAUAUGUGUGGUAAAAACAAAAGGGAUUGUCUUUUUAAUACAUAUCCAGCUGUGCUUUGUCACCCGAGCCAUCAUAGUAGACAUUUGAACACACAAAAGAUCAUUGAAGCAGCCCCCAAAAGUUUUCAGCCAUACCUUAGACUCAUCAGAUUUGAUAAGCCAAUAGGCACUUUCCUGUUGUUCUGGCCGUGUACAUGGAGCAUUGCACUGGCUGCCCCUGCUGGUGCCCUGCCCAGCCUGUACUUACUCACAUUGUUUGGUCUUGGUUCCUUUAUAAUGCGGGGAGCCGGCUGUAUCAUCAACGACAUGUGGGACAAGGACAUUGAUGCCAAGGUAGAGCGUACAAGGACGCGUCCCCUAGCGAGUGGCGAGUUGAGCCAUUUCCAGGCCCUGUGUUUCCUGGGUGCCAACCUCACCCUGGCCCUCACUAUCCUGCUACAGCUGAACUGGUACAGCGUUUUUCUUGGAGCUUCUUCAAUGGGCCUAGUUGUGGGGUAUCCACUGGCAAAGAGAUUCACAUACUGGCCUCAGAUCAUGCUUGGGCUGACGUUCAACUGGGGUGCGUUGCUAGGCUGGUGUGCUGUGCAGGGCAGUAUUGACAUCCCUGUCCUGCCCCUCUACGUUGCCGGCCUCUGCUGGACACUCGUGUAUGACACCGUCUAUGCGCAUCAAGACAAGUACUUUGACAUGUUGAUUGGAGUGAAGUCUACGGCUCUGAAGUUUGGGGAUAAUACAAAGCCAUGGCUGGCAGGGUUUGGGUCGGGGAUGAUCAGUCUGCUGGCCCUCACAGGUCACCUGUGUGACCAGACCUGGCCAUACUACACCGGGGUGGCCAUCACAGCAGCACACCUAGCGCAUCAGUUGUACACGGUAGACCUUGACAACCCAGAUGAUUGUAUGGCCAAGUUCAAGUCCAACACUCAGCUGGGAGCCGUCCUCUUCCUCGCCAUUGUGAUCGGUACCCUGCUCAAACCAACCGAUAAAGAAGACACAAAAGACACAGCCAAAGUGAAAAAUUAAAUUGAACACUUCAAUGUAUUGGCAUGUUUGUACAGUCUAAGACGUAAACGUGUGAUCAGUGCCCUGUUCAAACUCUUUCAUGAACACAAAACAGAAGACACACAACAUCCUGAUCAAACGUGGCUUGUGUUCUAUAAUGUGUUUUAAACUAAAAUGACAUGAUUCAUUUCUUAUCCAUGAUAUAUACAACCACACGGUUAACUGCUGCGCAGUUAAGAAUCAUGCUUUUGAUAUGUAAUUGAGUGUGUUUAGAAAAGAGUAAAUAUAACCUGAGUCUGCAUUCACUAAUGAUGCAUUUCACAAUAAAAAAUAUGAAUCUGUAUUUCAUUAUAAAAUAGUUACUUCAGAGAAAAGGAUGAUGACAAUGGUAGUAUAUGUUAAAAAUAACAAGUUAAACUGUUAUCCUUAGAGCUUUUAUAGAAGAGUGACACAAUCACAUCCCUGUAGCUUAUUCUGAAUCUUACAUUGAGCUUCACGAGGUCAGUGGAAAUUGGUCGAGGUUAAAAUACCUGUGUAUUUGCUUGCACUGUGCCAUUAUGGGAUUCAUAGUUUGCAUCUCUGUUUUGUUUUAUGAUAAGACUUAAAAUGAAUGUCUGAAAGAUAUCUCUGUUUCAUGUUGAUAUAUUUGCUCAGUUAAUGACAACACACAAAUAAGCACAUUGUAUUCAUAUUUAUUCAUCAUAUUCCUUUGAAUAAACACAAAUACUAAUUA